AUGCUUGUCUGCCGACGAUUUAUUCAUACAAGUGUAUCUCGCUAUCUAGCUAAAUCAGCUGUUGCUUCAACUUCGUCACCACUAAGCACACUACGAAAGAAGACUGGCUAUUCUUUGUCACAUUGCCGAGCGGCUCUUCAGCAAUUCAACGAUAAUUUAGAACAAGCUGAAGCGUGGUUACAUCAACGUGCUCAAACUGAAGGCUGGAGUCGCGCGACAAAAUUGCAGAGCCGUGCUGCAUUACAAGGUCUAGUUGGCAUCAUUACGAAUAAGAAUUCAGCAGCAAUGGUUGAGGUCAACUGUGAAACAGACUUCGUCGCUAAGAAUGAAAAAUUUCAACAACUUGUUUCUCAAGUCGCAAAUAGCCUACUGGUUAAUCAAUCGGAAAAGGCGAAAGACAAAGUCGUGUUCGAUAAAGAGACUCUUGGGACAUUGCCAAGUUUAGAUGAUCGUUCGAAAACCUUAGCUGAUGUGACAGCUUUAUGUGUUGGUUCGGUUGGUGAAAAUGUCGUCUUACGACGUGGUGUUGUAUUCAAUACUGAAAACAAUCAACUAUUAGCUAGCUAUUGUCAUGGACAAGUCAAUAGUACAAGUUCGGAUUCAUGCCGUAUGGGCAAAUACGGUGCACUUGUGAAAUACUCACAAGUAGAUUCGACGACAAGUCAAUCUGAAAAUGGUCAAUCAUUAACUUCAAGUGUACUAACUCGUUCGUAUCCGCUGCGAACAAUCUGUGAAGAUAAUAUUCAAAAACCGAUUGAGUUAAGUACUUACUUAGAUAGUGAAGAUGAAAGUAAUCUAAUGCAUGAAUAUCUCAAUGGAUAUGUCUACGCACUACCAUCCCGGGAGAAUGCACAUGAUUUAUUAUUGAAGAAUAUCAGCGCACAAAUUGAACAACAACAAUUAAAAAAUGUUCACGUGCUUCCCAUGGAUAUUCGCGUUCAAACACCCGAUCCUGUCUACAUUUACUAUCCAGGCUUGUGUCUUAGCACCCAAGCACCUAAAGUUGAUCAAGCAAUCACACGUGAACCAGUAGUUAUCGUUGAAAUUAUAACACCAACAACUGAACGAUUAGUAUUACAUGAAAAAUCAAUCAAUUAUCAACGAAUACCGUCGCUGAAACAGAUUAUAUAUGUUUGGCCUAGUUUAAAAAUAGCCCAUGUUGACUUUCGAGAUGAGCAAACAUCGAAAUGGACAAGAAAAUAUUAUAGUGUUCAAAAUAAAAUUCCAUUACCACAAUCACUCAGCAAUGGUGAAUUAGCUCUUGGGCAUAUUUUCGAUAUUAUGACGAAACAAUUUGGACGCUUAAUCGCUCAACACAUUGUUGCUGCACGUUCGAAAACAAUCGGUUUAAAUGAACAAAAACAACUAGGAAUCGAUGAAAAUCGCCUACUCUACCAAAAAUGGAUGCAUACCGAUGAUAAAAAGAAAACCGUUGAAAUCUUUCUUAAUGAAAAUCACUUGACCGUCAAUGAUUUUGUUCGAUUUGAAUGCGGAGAAGAAGUCUAA